UUCGUCUUUCUUCUUCUCGCCUGUCCGUCUUUCCUCUUCUUCCUCUUCUUCCUCUUCCUCUCUCCUCCACCGUCUCUCCCCCUCCUCUUCUUCUGCUCUCCGUUCGAUCUCUCUGCCUCGCCCGCUUCCCCUCCACCCCUUCCACUCCACCACCAUGAGCGACAUCACCCACCCCACCAUCAAGGAUGGCUGGUUCUCCGAGCAGUCCGGCAUGUGGCCCGGCCAGGCCAUGAACCUCAAGGUUAACCAGAUCCUGCACCACGAGAAGUCCAAGUACCAGGACGUCCUCGUCUUCGAGAGCAGCGACUACGGUACCGUCCUCGUCCUCGACAACGUCAUCCAGUGCACCGAGCGCGAUGAGUUCUCCUACCAGGAGAUGAUCACCCACCUGGCCAUGAACGCCCACCCCAACCCCAAGAAGGUCCUUGUCAUCGGUGGUGGUGACGGUGGUGUCCUUCGUGAGGUCGUCAAGCACGAGACCGUCGAGGAGGCCAUCCUGUGCGACAUUGAUGAGGCCGUCAUCCGUGUCUCCAAGAAGUACCUCCCCGGCAUGAGCAUCGGUUUCCAGCACCCCAACGUCAAGGUCCACGUUGGCGAUGGUUUCGCCUUCCUCAAGGAGCGCCAGAACGAGUUCGAUGUCAUCAUCACUGACAGCUCCGACCCCGAGGGUCCCGCCGAGAGCCUCUUCCAGAAGCCCUACUUCGAGCUCCUCCGCGAUGCGCUGCGUGAGGGCGGUGUCAUCACCACACAAGCCGAGAACCAAUGGCUUCACCUGUCCCUGAUCACCGACCUCAAGAAGUCCUGCAAGGAGGUCUUCCCCGUCGCUGAAUACGCCUACACCACCAUCCCCACCUACCCCUCCGGCCAGAUCGGCUUCAUGGUCUGCUGCAAGGACGCCACCCGCAACGUCAAGGAGCCUCUCCGCAGCUGGUCCCGCGAGGAGGAGGAGCGUCUCUGCCGCUACUACAACCAGGACAUCCACCGCGCCAGCUUCGUUCUCCCCAACUUCGCCCGCAAGGCCCUGGACGCCUAGAUUAAUAAGAUGCCUUUCUCUCGUUCGGCUCUCUUCUUCGGGGUGCGGCCUUCCCCCGCUUCGAGGCCCCCGCGAACCCUCCUCCGGCCGGUAAUCGAAUCGAUGAUGAUCUGACGAUGAUGAAUAUAAAAAGGGGCUUCUUUCAUUUCGCUCACUCACAGUGCACUAUCUUAUCUGUCUGGUCUGAUUGAUAAUGAAUGGGAGUCCCGCCCGUGACGCACCCCAAAAAAAGGUUCGGAAAAAAUAGUUUCUCUAUAAUACCACCUGUCAUCCACUUCGCAAGACGUUGGAUACCCACCCUCUCAUUCUUCUUCC